UUUCGAAUCUCCCAUUUGGCGUGUGCGUGUGCGUUUCGAUAACAUCGACAGAGGCGGUGGUGGUCAAUCCGUGGGAUUGUUUGACAUAGACCGCUAGUUGUGUCUGGAAUUGGACUCAUCGAUUGCCCUUUUCUUUCAUCUGGGCUUACGCCUCCAACAGUCACACUGCUGGUGUGGAAGGGAUCUCCUCUCUGGUUUUGGUGACUAUUGAGAUUGGGCUUUUUCAGCGGAAUAAUUCGUGGUCUAUUUACGACCUCGUCUUUUGUGAAUGUACCGUCAUAAGGAUGAGCCAUCAGCCCCUCGAGCAUCCGCAACGGCGGGAGAAGCGAAUAUUGAACCAGACAUGAGGUUCUAUCGUCAAAGCAGAACCAGCUCUCCGUGCUGGAAUUCAAAACUGGGCGACACGUCAGACCGAAAAGGCCGUCGAAGCGUCUCCUGCGAAUUCCAAUCUAGCAGGGCUUCUGCUCCAAUGUCGGAUAGAAACACCCAGCUCUCCCGGGACCAACGGUUCCAAGGUCAUUCCCACUCUUCUCUGCCGUCGUCAAAGGCAAAACGCAGUGCGUCCCAUACGUCUCUCCGCUCAGAACCUUUGUCAGCGAUGCGUGCAACGUCAAGAUCAAAUCACCCACUGCAACUCUUGUCAUUUGAGUCUCUGGGGAUAUCAAACUCUUCACUGGCUUUCACACCAUCUCAGCCCAAUGACAGGAACUUCUACCGUCCUGUGACAGAUGCUUCUUCAAGCAUCUCCUCUCCCCUACCAUCCUCAUCCCUCUGCAUAAAGCCCGACAAUCCCUACAGAUCGCCGUUACCCCUCACGCCGCCAGAAACUGAGGACAACGUCCUCUGGAACCCAAACGCACAUCAACUCAUCCAGCCAUCAUCACAUCACAGCAGCCCACCUUCUGAUGAGCACGAUUCUGGCCAUUAUCUGGAAGACCUUAGAGCAAUGGAAAGCUCAGAAUCAGAAUCCAACCCUGAGAAAAAUGGACAGGGAGCCUCCUUACCUCUUCAAAAUGCAAGAAACAUGACAACCUCAAUGCCUGUUUCAAAUGGGAAUCAGUAUCCUGAAGAUAAUUCUGACGAAUGGCUGCAGGAUGCUAUCUUACCUGCAGUAUCAUCACUCCCUAUCCCAAAGUCUCCAGGAGAAUCCGUGCAGCUAGUUUCCCAAACUCUUCCAUGUCCACCUUCUGAAUCUUCAGCAACCGCGUCACCAAGAUCCGCCUUUACACCUAUCGUCAAAGCAAUCCAGAGUCGGCUUCAACCCGGCAAUUCUCCAUAUAUCAACAUUGUACACGCCGUACCGCCUAUGUUCAAUCUCAGCAGCUUGCCGACUUCACCUCCAAGCACACCUCACCUGCUUUUCUCUGGAGAUGACUACUUCAGCAAUACUGUGUUUUCAAGUGCUGCCGUCGUCCCAGGAUAUCCCACCGAUCAGAUAAAUUCCCAGCCCUCCGGAGGACAUCAUCAUUUAUCUUCCCCAGUCGUCCCUCCAUUCAGUGUGCACAUAGCCGUCAUCGAACGGUAUCUCCCACCUUCGUCCAUCCAAGAGUAUCAGUCCUUACUGUUAAACAAAGGCCCGUCGGUGUUGCUUGAUCGACUUCUCGAACUUUCUACAAACAGGGGGAGCCUGAUGUUCAUAUACCCCACGAGAAGGGGCGCCGAGACGUUCAGAGACAAGUACCUGAGUCCCAUCCUCGAUCCUCUCCUCCGCCAAAUGGCCGUUGUAAACGGUUUAUCGGCCGAUGUGGGGAACGCAUUAGGUCGCAUAGCAUCCAUCGAGUACAUGGAUGACUUCGCAGGAAUGAAAGCCCGACUCCUCGCUCUGUGCGAUAGCCUCAGUUCAAGAAAUCAAAGCUCGUCCGGUCUAGCUUCGCGCAGGACAAAUUUCACCCUCGCCUACGCGGGACAGACGACGGUGCAGGUCGACCGGAAGCUCUGGACCGAGUGGUACAUCCAGCAAGAAGCACCGCGUGCUAAGGACAUCCUCAACCGUUUCUGGCGCAAGGGCCAUCGUAUGCCGGACCGUGCUUUGAUGAACGCGGCGCAGAGGCACCCGACGUCUCAGGAGAUCACGGGCGCGUCUCUUCUGCGGGAAAUCCUCGAUGGAAUUCGUCACCGGGCCUAUCCCGAUGGGUGCGAGCCGGAUUGUGGGUUGGAGCUGGGUGUGUUUGUGAUUCGCAGAUCGCUUUAAAGCAUUGGCAGACAGGCGUACAGAUGGUCCUCUUUACAGAUACAGAUGGGGGAAAGGCGGGGAAUAAAAUAAAAGGGAGCCAAAACAAAAAAAAAAAGUUUCUACAUUUAUAUUGGGAUGCUCGGGCAUGUUGUUUCUCUUCAUAUUUGGGAUUUCGGUAAAUAGCGAUACGAUCAAGGCAGCAGGGAAGGCGUAUUUCUCAUAUGUGUGUGUGUGUGUGUGUGUGUCUCUGUGUGUGUAUUGAGGGAAUUACUUUGCAGCAGGAUACUUCAUUUUGAAUGUCCAGCUCUUUUCAUUUAACAAUACCCAUUUUCUUUUUCUUUUUCUUUUUUUCCUUUUACCUUUGUUUUGCUUUUAUUCCCCUCUCAUGUUUUUUCACUUCCAAGUUGUCAAAUGUGUGUAUUACUCAUUGUCAUGGUCGGCAGUAUGGGAUGGGGGAGUGUCAGAAGAUGGAUGAAUUCAUUUCUCUCGUGUUCUCGUGCAUUUUUUUCCCUUUUUUUUUUUUUUUUUGUCUUUUCUUUUUUCUCUCUUCAUGUGUUGCAGAAUCAAAACUGACAUAAUUCAUAUCUUCACCUAUU